CUCACACGAUCCCACCACCGCAGUUAAAUUGUACUCUGUUCACGCCAUAGACAAACUUCACUCUCACAAUAUUCCUGGUCUGAAUCAAAACUUCCAAUUAUCUCCUCAAGGUCAGCUCCCCUGCAUCUAGCACACCCCGUUUGACUGACAACAGUAUCAAUCCACCCCACCAAUAGUGAUCCUUCCAACAAGCUUCACUUCAGAAAGGUCGUGUGAUCACGCAAUCCCAACUUGAACAAUAUCUCUCAGCGUAAAAGCAACCCCAGCUACCACCAUACGCCAACAACAUGCCUCGCGGAGGAGCCGAAGUCACCAAAGUCUUUUACAAGGGCAGCACCGAUGACUUCAUUGUCUUCAUCGAAUCUCCCCAGGACCUCAAGGCAUGGCAAGCCGACAAGUCGAUCCCCCUCGCACAGGUGGUGAAUAGCUUCAAGAUCAUGGUCACCCACAAGCAUGGUGCGCAGGGUCAGAUGGACGGAGCUAGUAAGGCCAGUCUGGAGAACGAGUUUGGCACGAGCAAUGAAGAUGAAGUCAUCAAGAAAAUCCUCACGGAGGGCCAGCCACAAACUGUGACGGCCGGUGAACGGGGAGGUGACCGCAACGAAAGCAUGGGUCCCAGACAAGGACAUCCUACUGCAUAGAGCCCUGGGUCCAGCCCAGAGGUGAAGGUGUUCUGCUUGAUCUGACUUUUGUCUCAACAUGACACAGCCGAGCAAGUAGAGGAAGUAGUGAUGAAUGGAGCAGGUUCUGUCGCGGGAUCAUGGCGAGCUCAACGGAGAGCAUAUGAGUGGGUAACAAAAAUGAUGAUACAGGAUGGGGGGUUGAGAUGAUGAGAACCGCAGAAACGUGCGGCCAAAGAGCAGCUCAAACAUCAAAGACCAAGCACCUCGUGACUGGUAUAUGUAGCUGCCAAAAAUCAACAGAUUCAAACAAAGUUGUGAGCUGCCGGAGAGAAAUCCACUCAGACGCCUUACCGAGCACCUUUGCCACCUUUCUCGCGCUCUUAGACUGUAUUGUGGUUCACAGCUUCGCACCAUGCCGUGAGACAAGACACUGUUGGACACCAGACCAACAUUUCGAACGUGAAGCAAAUCCAUGAUCGCUAGCCAUUCACGGGUGCUCCAUGCCCAGCACGAGCCAGUCUCAGACCAGAUGUACAUGAAUCCGAGGUACUUUGUUCGUACUACCAAAGCGGUACCCUGAUGCACACCUAGGACCAAAAAAAAGAGGGAAGACGGAGAGGAAGAGGAUCGAGUGGCGGG